CUUUAAACUGACCAAUGACGCUUUAGCACGAACAAGAGUGGGUUAGGCGCCAUAUCACAUUUCAACUAAUUGGUGUCAUGUUGGUUUUGAAGCUUUUGUUGGUAUAUUUGUCGUCUGUUCUCUCGAUAUGUACAGCACAGGAUGCUGCUACUGACGAUGCGGUUAAGAAGAAGCCCUCCUUCAAUACUCCAAAUAUUCCAAGUGGUGCUUAUCUUGCCCUGUUCUUUAAUUCACCUUCAGACCUAAGCCAAAAACUAGUAGUCUCUCAGGCUCGUAAAGAUGGUAUUGAUGACUCAAUUGCCAAAUAUGAUGGAAUUUGGUCUGUUGAAGUGCCUCGUUCUAGCGCAAUCGAUGGAGAUUAUGCUCUAGUUCUCAAGUCAAAAGCCAAACACCACGCUGUCUCCACAAAGCUAUCUAGACCGUUGAAAUUCGACUCUGGGGAACUUGUGAUUCAGUAUGAUGUGAAGUUCCAAGAUGGGAUCGACUGUGGUGGUGCGUAUAUUAAGCUAUUGAGUUCUUCUGCCAAUUUGGACCUGAAACAAUUUAAUGACAAAACUCCAUACACAAUUAUGUUUGGACCUGACAAAUGUGGACUAGAUAAUAAAUUUCACUUUAUAUUCCGAUACAAAAAUCCUAAUACCGGUGUAUUUGAGGAAAAGCAUGCGAAAAGGGUUCUUCCAGAGCUUGAUUCAUACUUUUCUGAUAAGAAAACGCAUCUAUAUACAUUAGUCUUGCGUUCGGACAACACAUUUGAGCGUUACAUUGAUCAAGUCAAGGUUCAAAGUGGAAAUCUUCUCGAUGAUUUUGAACCUCCAGUCAACCCCCCUAGAGAGAUCGAUGAUCCUGAGGACAAAAAACCAGCUGAUUGGGAUGAAAGAGAAAAAAUUGUUGAUACUAAUGCCAAAAAACCUGAAGACUGGGAUGAAAAUGCUCCGGAGACUAUCGAAGACGAAAAUGCCACAAAGCCUCCUGGGUGGUUAGAUGAUGAGCCAGAGAUGAUCCCCGAUCCUGCAGCAGAACCUCCAAAAGACUGGGAUCCUGAAAUGGAUGGUGAAUGGAUUGCACCAAAAAUCAGUAACCCAAAGUGCGCUAAUGCACCUGGAUGUGGUGAAUGGCAGCGACCAGUUAUACCGAACCCAAAAUAUAAGGGGAAAUGGUCUGCUCCAAUGAUCCCUAACCCAGCUUAUAAGGGUAUCUGGACCCCGAGGAAAAUUCCAAACCCUAAUUACUUCGAGGAAAAGAAUCCUUACAAGGGUUUAAUGGAAGUGAGUGCAGUCGGCUUAGAAUUAUGGUCUAUGACCGAUGAAAUCGCUUUUGACAACUUCCUGAUUGUAGACUCAAAGCGUGCAGCUGAUGAUUUUGCCAAAGAGACAUGGGCUGAUAAAAAGGAAGCUGAACGACUGUCUGAUCCUAGAGCUGUAAGUCUUUUUUUUCUUUAAAAUAAUUAUAAUAUUUCCCAAUAUCCAAAGUUGUGUUGUUAAAAUUUUGAAAAUAAUAAUACCUAACUAACAUUGUGGUUGAUUUAUCACGAAGAAUUUGUUCUAGUGUUGUUUGACAUAACUGAUUACCUAUAUUGAGCUUACCUGUCCCUUUUUUAAAGAAUUGUUAUGGAGACAUUUCGUCAUUGGUGGGCAUUUUUAGCUUGUCAUUUGUCUAUUAUGCUAGUUACACCAUAGACGUGAUUUCAACCAUCAUUUUUUGUUGUGAAUUUAGGGGUUUGUCGGGAUUUAUUGAUUUUUCUCAAGUUGGUAUUCAUCAUGCACUGACAUCAAUUGGAGAAAUAUUGGAAAUCUAGAAGCACUGAACAGCUGUUUCGUCCUAGUAUGUGGGCCUCUUCAGCAGCGCGCACCCACGACCCGCCAAGGGUCGAACCUGCAACCUUCAGGUUCCAACUGAUGUCAGUCCAUGAUGAAUACCGACUGGAGAAAUCUUUUGUUGCCAUGCUCACGGAAAACUCGUCUUCUAUGCUAUUUCCAUAUAGUGCUUGCAUUUUGACUAGAUAAUCACUCGAAUUUGAAACAAGUAUUCCCUUAAGUAGUAAAUUUCGAUAACGCUAUUAGACUACGAAGAUGGUCUAAAAAAUGUCGCUAUGACCAGUAGUACGACCUAAGAGCCUACGAACGAUAUAAACCUAACGUGCGAAUGAGAACGGCAACCACCACCACAAUAACAACAAUAAUGACACAUACGUACAGAUACAAGAAGGAAAGACUGACCGUUGACAGAGCUUUCACUGUCUUAGCAACAGUCAACAAGCAAUAGCACUGAAACCAUACCCGUUGUAGUGUCUAUCGUGGCUCGGUGGUGUAGUAGAUGACGCUCUCGCGUUUGAAGCGAUCGCUCCCAAGUCCGUGUCCAUGUGGGAACAACAUCACUCGCUGGGAGGCAGUUACAUCCAGUUGACGAAUCCCAAAUAGGACGAAGUGCUCAUUCUGGAUUUCACUGCCCAUCAUUACUAUACAUAAUUAAAACACAAGCAAUAUCGAGGCAUCCGCACAGGUGCUCAUAUGCCAACAGAGACUGAUCGAUUCGGUUCAGUCAACAACGAUGUAUUACAAGCAAUAACACUAGCAGUCAACCAGGUUGACAGCGAUGUUGAAUAUAUACACUUCUAAAUGACCUUGGAAAUAAUAAAUCCACAUAUAUUUAGCAAUCAAUGAGAGUUCAGCGUUAGAAGCAGAGGGAAGGAAAACUAGUAAGGGUAUGAAAACAGUCAUAUGGGUUAUUUUAAGGUCAUGGCUAAAACUGCAAUUAAACGCUAUGCCAAAUUAGGGCGAUGUAGCCAAUGUGAUGUAUUUGCGCAAUAUAUUUCGAACAAUCUAAUGCCGUACACAUUUACUAGUCACAAGUCAAUGAAUAUACGAAAAUGAAAGGUGAAAUAUAAUGGAAAUGAAAAAGUUGUGACACUAGUCUAGGUAAUAUAAUCAGAUAAGGAUUACCAAGGUAAUGCAAGUGAGACAACAAAUCGUUUUUGAACACACAACUGAGGCUUAAGUUAACGAAUGGUUAACGCUUCAGCGAUUUUCAGUAUGCGCCCCUGCCUGUAUUUUGAAUGCUGUUUCCCUAUUCACCUUAUGAUUCAUUUCAGUGACAUGUUUUGCUGUAGAUGACGAUGGAUGUCUGUCAUCUGCACUUAUCAAUGUUUGUGUGUUGGAUUGCUUACAAGCCAUUUAGGUAUGUGUUGAUCCACCGUAGUCUGCUCAGCACGAUUACUCCUCUCUAUGUAUGUAGGCCUAGACAUACAUGUAAAUUGGUAAACACAGUGGACAUGUGACAUAAUCAUUUGUGCAAGGUUGAGGUUUGUAGCGAAGCAGGUGUUUUGUUAUCUCAACAAUGAUUAGCUGAGCUGUUUGUUUCCCCUGUUUAUGGUACUUUAAGCAAUAUAUCCUUCUUCGGGACCAAGGAAAUUAUAAGCGUUGGUGUUAGCUGUUUUCCACAGUAGUUCACAAAUUGUAAUGAAUGUCUGUUUUCCCUAAACUUGUCUGUCAAGAAUUUCCUCUCAUCAUCCAUUGUAUCCUAUGUACAAAUAGGUUGGAUCCUAUUGAAUCAGCAUUUUACUAAUCCUGUGUUAUAUUUCAUAGGACAAAAUCUGUAGAAACUCAAGUACUAUCCUGUUGAAGUAGGCUUUAUAUAGACUGGUGGUCACUUACCUUGAUCAUUCUUAUGUGAUUAUAUUACCAAGACUAGUGUCACAAUCUUUUCAAUCUCAUCAUAUGUGACCUUUUAUUUUUCCCUUCGUUUUCAUAUAUAAAUACGCCUUGUGACAAGUAAAUGUGUGAUCAGAUUGUAUUGCUCUAAUUCAUCGCAUAUUGUUCAGAUAAUCUUCGUCUCCUAAUUACGCAGUCGAAAUCAUUCGAAAGUCUUAAUUCAGAUGUCGACAGAAUGAAAAAUUGAAAUGCACUCAGCAACCACGUACACAUUUGUUUAUUAGGCACUGAGAUACACAUAUUGUAUGAGUUGCUCAAAUGUUGGUGUGUAUGUGGUGGGGUUUGAAUAACCUGAUAUUCAUUGCUUGAAAAGUCGACAGCCUAAACUACUAAUUGGUCACAGUAUACUACUACUACUAUUAUUACUACUCCUGAACAACUUAAGUGGUUAGAAAUCACUCAGUCUAGUCUGUAGAUUUCGCCAACCAGUCAGAUCAGAGUGAUGUAAGGGCCAGAUGGCCGUUCCGUUCAUCUAGGGCCUAGCCCAUCAGCUAUGCACCGAAACAAAUUCUGCUGAUAAAAGCGAAUUAGUUCAGAUCACCUACAAUUGCAUGAUAAGUGAAUGACUUGUAAAGUAGUGGUAGGGAUUGAUUGUAGAGAAUGAUAGACGAUAGAUCUGUUUGGCACCCAUGAGAAUGAGAUGACUAUUGGCAGUUGUUUGUUGACGAGUCAUUCAUAAGACUGCAAUUUUCCAUAAGUUUGACAUCCAAGAUAGUUAUCUGAGCUAAAGAGACAAGGUACAUACUCUGGAGCCGAACUUGUGAACAGAAAAACAAAACUAUAAAUAUAACCAAGAGCGGAUGCGAUGGACUUAUAAAACCAUGAAGUGUAUCAUUAUUUACUCUCGGAUCGAUUAUUUCAUUCAGUUCAGUCCCAAAUAAGCUGAAUGGUGACCCAAGAAGCUCAGUGCUGACAUGUAUAUCUACACAGCUGAUGAGUAGUUGACAAGUAAAAUGCCCAGAUUAAGCAGACUUUCCUUUCAGCUAUUCUCGCUCACUUUACUAUGAAGCAUCUGUCUUGAUACAGACCCUUGAACAGGACACCCCCCUAUGGUGUGUGUGUAUAUAUUUCUCUUCCCCAGAAGUGUAUGCCUAAUAUUUAUUGUGAUAAUAAUCUCCUAUUAUAUUAUGAUAAUUGUAAUUUCCCGUUGCUAAACAGGGCCGAAUUGUUCGAUCUUUGUUGGCAGAUGAGCAGAUGACUAGUAGGAUGGCUCCAGGACUCGUGUUACGUCAUGGUUGAGGCUCAUCAGUUGGAAAUGCCUGCACCCCAAUGCGGAGUGAUGUUGCUCCAACUAUCGUCCCCCAAUAGCCUAGUGGAUGAUAACGCUCUGGCGUUUGAAGCGAUGGGUACUAGGCUUGAGCCUCAGUGGGAAGAAUAUUACUCACUAGAGUGCAGGUCAAUCCAGCUGACGAGUCCCAAAUAGGACGAAAUGCGCGUCCUGAAUUUCCUUUUCUAGUUAUCAAGAUCAAUAUAUUAUCGUUUUAUGAUUAAGAUGUUAAUUUUGAUUUCAGUUCAUAUUGCAUAAAUCUCAACACACAAGCUUUUCACUUAGAUGAAAUUUCCUGUAAUAUUGUUCAUUUCAUUUUAUACUUCAUGAUUAUUUUCUUUUUCUCUUGUGUAGCAAAGUGUUGUAGAUGCUAUACGAGAAACGUAUAAUGAAAAGCCUUGGUUAAUCUUUGUAAUUGGCCUUGUCUGUACAUUACCAAUUCUACUUUGUUGUAUCUACUUCUGUCGGUCACCAUCUAAGUAUGAUGUAGGUGUACACAAGAAAACUGAUUUGCCUAUACCAGAUGAUUUUCAUCAAAAAGAUGAUGAAAAAGAUGCAGAAAUUGAAGAAUUAGAAGAGUCUGGUGAAGAUGAUAUUGUUCAAGUUUCUAAAGGUUCCGGUGAUGAAUCCGAUGCUAAUAAAACUGGUAGUAGCAGUAAAGGUGAUCUGGAUGCAGAUUCUGCUGAGGAAGCUACUGAUGGUGCUACAGAAACUAAGGGGGCUUCAACUGAAAAACAGUCGGUUAGGAAACGUCGUUCACGGAAGGAAUAAAAACUUGGAAUAUCAUUCCUAAAAAAUUAUGUGUCCAUAUCGGUUCAUCUCAAUCCCUCUUGUUCUUUUUUUUUUUUACCACUGGUGAGAUGAGAUAGGAUUCAUAUAUGCUGAAAUUUUUCAUCUCUCCUGUUAUGUACCUGUUCUUGUAGUUUUUCUUUGUUUGUUUAUUUUGGGUAGUUAUACAUAUACUUCACUCACUAAUUAUAUUGUCCACUAUCUAACUUGUGUGUAUUCAUUGGCAUCAAGCUUUUCUCUGUUUGCCAGCUUGUUCACACCUUAUUGUUGUUUAUCACAAUUCGGUUCUUUUUCAUCUUCAUUUUAAUUUGAUGUUAGUGUGUGUGUUCUCUGCCUAUUGAUUUCAUUUUGUGAAUAAAAUCAUACCCUUAGCCU